CCUUCAGCUCUGUCGUCGACACUUCUCCCCUAUUGGACCCCCCUCGCCCAGAACGAUAAAUCAAGAGGGCACGUGGACUGCCACUGAUUUUUCAAAAUGGCGAUGAAUCUGGAUCUCUCAAACGCUGUGGUCACGAAAGACGAGCAGGGCAGACCGUUCAUUGUUGUCAGAGACCAGGGCAAGAAGAAGAGACAGUAUGGCAACGAGGCCGUCAAGUCGCACAUCCUCGCUGCCCGGACCGUUGCCAACAUUGUCAAGAGCUCUCUCGGCCCCCGCGGUCUUGACAAGAUCCUAAUUUCUCCCGAUGGCGACAUCACGGUCACAAACGACGGCGCCACCAUCUUGCAGCAGAUGGAGAUUACGAAUCACGUUGCCAAGCUGCUGGUCGAGCUGUCAAAAUCACAAGAUGACGAGAUAGGCGACGGCACCACCGGUGUUGUCGUCCUGGCUGGCGCUCUGCUGGAGCAGGCAGCCGAGCUGAUCGACAAGGGCAUUCACCCCAUCCGCAUCGCUGACGGCUACGACCAGGCCUGUGACAUAGCAGUGUCGGAGCUGGACAAGAUCGCAGACACUAUCGAGUUCAGCAAGACCGAGACGGACAAUCUAUUCAAGGUCGCGAGGACAAGUCUGGGCAGCAAGAUCGUCUCCAAAGCCCACGACCAGUUUGCACAGAUCGCCGUCGACGCCGUUCUUUCCGUCGCCGACUUCGAGCGCAAGGAUGUCGACUUUGAGCUCAUCAAGGUCGAUGGCAAGGUCGGAGGCUCGUUGGAGGACACGCUCUUGGUCAAGGGUGUCAUCGUCGACAAGGAUUUCUCCCACCCCCAGAUGCCUUCCGAGGUGCGGGACGCCAAGAUUGCCAUUCUGACCUGCGCAUUCGAGCCCCCCAAGCCUAAGACUAAGCACAAGUUGGACAUUACCACGGUGGAGGAGUUCAAGAAGCUGCAGAACUACGAACACGAGAAGUUCAUCGAGAUGAUCCAGCAGAUCAAGGAUACUGGGGCUAAUCUGGCGAUAUGUCAGUGGGGUUUCGAUGACGAGGCCAACCACCUGCUGCUGCAGAACGGCCUUCCCGCAGUGCGGUGGGUCGGCGGACCAGAGAUUGAGCUGAUCGCCAUCGCCACCAACGGCCGGAUAGUACCUAGAUUCGAGGACCUGAAGCCCGAGAAGCUUGGUACUGCCGGUAUUGUGCGAGAGAUGUCCUUUGGUACCACGAGAGAGAAGAUGCUCGUCAUAGAGGAGUGUGCCAACACUCGUGCUGUCACCGUGUUCGUCCGUGGCAGCAACAAGAUGAUCAUUGAUGAGGCUCGUCGCUCGCUGCACGAUGCCCUCUGCGUGGUGCGUAACCUUGUGCGUGACAACCGCGUCGUCUACGGCGGUGGCGCGGCCGAGAUUGCCUGCUCCCUGGCCGUGGAGGAUGCCGCCGUGCAGACGCCCGGACUGGAGCAGUACGCGAUGCGGGCGUUUGCGGAAGCCCUCGACGCCGUCCCGAUGGCCCUGGCCGAGAACAGCGGCCUCAACCCCAUCGCGACCCUGGCCGAGGUCAAGUCGCAGCAGGUGAAGAGCGAGGGCACACGCGGCCGGGCAGGCGUGGACUGCAUGCAGAAGGGCAGCAAUGAUAUGAAGGAGGCGUUUGUCAUUGACCCGCUCAUCAGCAAGAAGCAGCAGCUCAUGCUGGCCACACAGCUGUGCCGCAUGGUGCUCAAGGUGAAUAACGUCAUCGUGAGCGGGUCGGGUGAGGACGACUUUUAAAAAUAAAUGGCCAAAAAGCCCCUCUUUUGUAAGAGAAAAGGGAGAGAGGCAGGAUCUGAUAUAGACAAGGAGUGAGUGGUGACCACAAAAUCAAAAUAGAACCAUCAUGAACUGUACAGACAAUCUUUCUUCUGGUGACCCAAGAGCAAAUCGAACAAAUUGGACCUGUUCCGUGUGUGAGAUGCUUGGGAUAAAUGAUACCUUGACGUUGGCGAGCAAGCCAAAGACGUUUGCGUAUCUUGUACAGAAAUGUGUAGAAGAAAUAAAUUGAAUGUAUUGCCC